AGAGCACUCUCUCAGUCUUCCAGUGUGGUGAGCCAGUGAUCUCCCCUCUUGCAUACUCAAGGGGCUAGUGAUAAAAAAAAUCUUUCAUUGCUUACCAAAGUCUUAUGAAGAACUCAGGUUUCUGAAAACCCUAGUGCACUGAACCACAGCUCCAUCCUUUCCCCAAAAUCUUAACCUUUGUAUGUAGGAAAGGAAUUCUGCAGCCCCAUUAUUUCCUCAUCAGGAUGGCAGGAGAAGUUCCAAACAAAAGUAAUCUCAGAGAUUUAUUGGCUUGACAGUCGUGUUGACAUUUGGCAGACAGAGCCUCUUACGGAGAAGGAGGAGGAGGAGAAAUGCUCUUCUUCUUCAGGUUAUGGCUAUGUUGCCGGCACUUACGUGGCUUUUGGCAGUGAUUGUAACCCUUUACCUUGGGCUACUGAGAUCCACUCAAGCAGGUGCUUAUUAUGGGAUCAAGCAGAUACCUCCCCAAGUGCCACAGUACCAGCCCCUUGGACAACAAGUACCUCACAUACCAUUGGGCAAAGAUGGCAUUCCAAUGCAGCACAUGGGCAAGGAGGGGCCACACUUGCCUUAUGGAAAAGAAUAUGUGCCUCAGUUUAUAAAGGAAAUCCCACAAAUACCCAUGCUUGGCAAGGAAAGGAAGAAAGAAAAAGCAGCACUUCCACUAGCAGGUUGGCGAGGUGAGCAGGGCCCUCCUGGGGAGCCUGGACCAAGAGGCCUACCUGGACCACCAGGAUUAUCAGGGCAUGGAGUGCCAGGAGCCAAAGGGAAACCAGGUCCUCAAGGAUAUCCAGGGAUUGGCAAACCGGGCAUGCCUGGAAUGCCAGGAAAACCAGGAGGAAUGGGGGCUCCAGGAGCAAGAGGAGAGAUGGGGCCAAAGGGAGAAAUUGGACCAAUGGGCAUUCCAGGGCCCCAAGGAUUGCCAGGACCUCAUGGGCUACCUGGAAUAGGGAAACCAGGUGAAAGAGGAUUGCCAGGGCAGCCAGGAGCAAAGGGGGAGCCAGGAAUGAAAGGGCAACCUGGAAUACAAGGCCCACAAGGUGCAAAGGGAGAGAAAGGCAUUGGGAUCCCAGGAUUGCCAGGGCUAAAAGGUCCACCUGGUUUGUCUGGUCCUCCAGGUCCAGUUGGGCUUCCUGGUGUAGGCAAGCCAGGAACAAUUGGUUUCCCAGGCUCACAGGGACCUGCAGGCAAACCAGGGCUUCCGGGGGAACCAGGCCCUCAAGGGUUAGCUGGAGCUCCUGGAAUUCAAGGUCCUCCUGGCCUUCCAGGUGUAGGAAAACCUGGCCAAGAUGGAAUCCCAGGGCAGCCAGGGUUUCCAGGUGGGAAAGGUGAGCAAGGCUUGCCAGGUUUACCAGGCCCUCCUGGUCUGCCUGGGAAUGGUAAGCCAGGUUUUCCUGGACCUAAAGGUGACCGUGGCAUGGGCGGUCUUCCAGGACCACUUGGGCCCAAGGGUGAAAAAGGGCACGUGGGCCCACCUGGCAUAGGUGGGCCACCAGGAGAGCCAGGCCAAUCAGGAUUGCCAGGAUUAAUGGGUCCCCCAGGUGCUAUGGGGUUUCCUGGUCUUAAAGGAGAAGCUGGAGCAAUUGGUCCUCAAGGACCAAUUGGACCAAAAGGUGAACUGGGCCUACAAGGUUUCCCAGGAAAGCCUGGCUUUCCAGGAGAAGUGGGGUCUCCAGGCCUGAGAGGCUUGCCUGGUCCAAGUGGUCCAAAAGGAGAAGCUGGUCACAAAGGAUUGCCAGGUCUGCCGGGUGCUCAUGGUCCCACUGGACCCAAAGGAGAACCUGGGAUCCCAGGAACUCAAGGCCAUCAAGGCCCUUCUGGGAUACCAGGCAUUGCAGGACCCAGUGGCCCAAUUGGACCUCCUGGGCUCCCUGGAGCUAAAGGUGAACGGGGUCUACCAGGUCCACCAGGAUUUCCAGGAAUGGGGAAACCUGGAAUUGCAGGGAUGCAAGGCCCACCUGGAAAGCCUGGGUCAUUUGGUGCUCCUGGCCAGCCAGGCCUCCAGGGACCUCCAGGCCCCCCUGGCCCUCCUGGCCCACCAGGAAUAAUGCAACCCACACCACCAGCAAUGGGACAAUAUUUGCCUGAGGUGGGUCCAGGUCUUGAUGGAGUGAAAACUCCAUAUGGCUACAAAGGGAAGAAAAUAAAAAAUGGUGGUGCUGCCUAUGAGAUGCCCGCUUUCACUGCUGAGCUCACCACACCUUUCCCACGGGUUGGGGUGCCUGUGAUGUUUGACAAGCUCCUCUACAACGGCAGGCAGAACUAUAAUCCGCAGACUGGCAUCUUCACCUGCGAAAUCCCUGGGAUUUACUACUUUGCCUACCACAUUCACUGCAAAGGGGGGAACGUCUGGGUGGCUUUGUUCAAGAACAACGAGCCACUGAUGUAUACAUACGACGAAUACAAGAAAGGCUUCCUGGAUCAAGCGUCUGGGAGUGCUGUCGUUCAGCUGAAUCAUGGUGAUAGAGUUUAUAUCCAGAUGCCCUCUGAACAAGCAGCAGGACUCUACGCCGGGCAAUACGUUCACUCAUCUUUUUCAGGCUAUUUAUUGUAUCCUAUGUAAACCAAAACACUCGGACAAAACAAAAACUCUUCCCCCCCCCCCUUCAAACUUAUACCAUUGAAAAAUGCAUUUAAUGACUUCUGUUUUUUUGGACCAACGUGUACCAUCAUCCAAAUAAAAUCACAGCUUUAAACAUUGACAGCUUGUUAUGAAGAAAAACAAAUGGGGAUCUGUCUGCUGCUGUACAUGGAACACUUUCAGCAUUUGCCUGCUUCAUUUCAUGAAGGGUGAUAUCAAUGCCAGGGGUCAUAUCCCAUGCUCAUAGUGCGCUUUUUUGUUUGCUUGCUUGAAACAUUCAGCUAAAGAGGGAGAUGAGAAAGAAAGAGGAAAAGUGGUGCUGAUGUUAUAAUACUGUGCUUCUAGAAAUAUUUCUUUAAAAACAACAGCAAUAAUACUAACUUAAGGUAGAGUCAAGAAUCCUGCAAUGUAAGCCAAGAUUCUCCUUGCCCAUAGUCUCUAUUUUUUUCAGGAGAGGCUAGUCCAUUGGGAAAAGUGGGUCACACUGCUCCACCAAACUCAUUCUGCCUGCAGCCAGCCCCUGCCCACCUCCCUUCCUGUUUGCAACCUGCCUGUCAACUUCCUCGUCCUCAGUGUUGCCCUUGUAGAACUCAGCAAAGAGAAAGGCGGGGACAAAACUCCAAUUAGUUGGUUCUGCCUGUCAUUGGUUCUGGUUCCACCUACUGCUUGGGCUCCCUGCCUUCCGCCCCAGCAGUCCCAAUAAGCACCUGCCACCACUGAUUUUCUUUAUGUGCGGGUUUCUUCCAACUCAUGCUGUCAAAGAAUGGGAGAAAAGGCUUGCUUUCAGUGUUAACUAAGCAAAGUAUUGAUACCAAGUCCACCAAAAUCCAAGGAAAACUUCUUCACUUUUCCCACUGAGCACCAGGUCAUUUCCCCAGCAACUGGAGUACUUUAAAAGCAUCCAGACAGAUGAACAGAGUAUUGAAAAGCAAUGACUUUUUAGAUAAAACUUUCUGCCAGAGUGAUUAUAUCUGUUAUGUGAAGAUAGCGAAGGUUAGUACAGUGCAGGUCCAGAGUUGCCAAGUCAGGGCUUUUUUGGUUUUUAAAAAAAGAGGUGCCAGUAUUCACAUCUUGAUAAAAAAUGUUGUGGGUGCCAGCACAAAAUGGCUGCCAUGAGCAGCAGCAACAACAAAAAAGGUUACAGUGCUCUGUACCAUUGAGUACUGUCACAAAAAAAGAGAAGUUCUGUGCCAAAUCAUCACUGAUGCCUUACAGAUUGGCCAGCAGAACCCUGGACAUAGGUAUAGGGAAUAUCAAACACGCGACUAAGGCAAGGGUGUGACUCCCACGUCAUGGAUGCUGAAAGAUGGGUCCCAAACAAGCACUGAUGGACUGGGCAUGACCUAGUGAGAGUUGAGCCCUUUUAGGUUACUUUGAUUUCUAUGAGUAAGAGAUAUAUACAGGAUUAAAACCAAAGUACAUUUAAGAAAAUUGCAUAUGCUCCCUCCCACCCACUCAUCUGGAGUCUACAUCCUUCCCAACCUCCUUUACCUGUGAGGGAGGGGGAAUAACAUACAGAUUCCUGUCUCUCUCUCUGCCCUGGAGGGUGGGGGAAGCAUCGUGGGAAUGAUGUUCAGUGGAAUUCUCUCCAGAGGGAAAAGAGUUAAAAUGACUCUUCCUCUCUCCCCCCUGGUCUUCCAGUUCUGGAAUGCAGCCUGCACUGCUGCAUUUGCAGGGAAGCUAUAUGCAAUUCAGUAUCAUGUACAGUUUGGCCCCUGACACUGCCUGCCAAUGAAACCAAAGGGAUGUUUAAGAGCUUAAAUUUGGCUGGAUUAUGCCCCUAUGUCUGUGUGCCUCUUUGUUCAGGAACCACUGUUUUCUCUGAAGUUCCUUAUUCAUUUGUCCCAUUCUAUGUUGUGCUGAAAUGGACUGCCUUCAAGUCGAACCCGACUUAUGGGGGCCCUAUGAAUAGGGUUUUCAUGGUAAGCGGUAUUCCGAGGUGGUUUACCAUUGCCUUCCUCUGAGGCUGAGAGGCAGUGACUGGCCCAAGGUCACCCAGUGAGAGUUUCAUGGCUGUGUGGGGAUUUGAACCCUGGUCUCCCAGGUCAUAGCCCAACACUCUAACCACUAUGCCACACUGGCUCUCUGUCCCAUUCUAUACCCACUCAAUAAAUGAUGGAUAAGGUAGCUAGCAAAGGUUCAGAACAGCACAUAUGCUUUCAUUUUGCAUGCAGUCUCCGGCAAAUGUUUAAUGAAGAUUGUGUCACAUAGCUAACAACAUAUUUCAAACCUUUGAAUUUUUGUUUCAUUCCUAAUUACUAAUGUUUGCCAGUAAGGAUGUGCGGGCUACAGAUUCUUGAUCGGCUGUCUGAUCGGCACUAUCACCAAAUUUUUAACAGGACUAUGUGUGGGCACAGAAGUGGCAGCUAGAGCAGGGAAAGAAAUGCAUGUGCAAUGCCAGCCCAAGCUCAACAGCUCAGGAAGCUGCAUAGGGCAUUGGAAUUCCCGAGACACUGGGCUACUAGGCAAACCUCUCAAAGGGCAAAACAGCGCCCCACUCCAGAACCCAGGGACAACCGAUCUGCAGCAGGAGUGUCUAUUCCCUAAGAUUUUCCUAAUUACAGUCCCUUUUCCUCACUGCAGUAAUUUAUAGAGAGCGGGGGGGGGGAGAGAAGUUUGCAUUCUGGAAAUCUGUUAAGAAGGGAAGAUAAAUUCCAUCUCCAUCAUAUCCAACAACAGGCAGCAAAAUUAAACUUUGUCUAAGGUCAGUGGAGGCUAGUCCAUUCGGGCAAAUGGGGCAGUGCCCCUCCAACCUCUGUCUGCCUUCAGCCAGCUCCCAUCUGCCUGCUUUCUUAUGCAUAGACAAUCCAGGGGGUGGCACUGCCCAAAGUUGCCUUCUUCCUUCUUAGUCUCAGUGUUGCCUUUGUAGAACUCAUAGGGAGAUGGAGGAGAAUAAAACUAGAAUUCAUUGGCUCUGGUUCCACCUGCUGUUUGAUCUCUCUGCCUUCGACCCGGCCAGUCACAAGGCUUUCCAGCCGCCACUGUCUAUGGUAGCAAUAUAGCUUGAGCUGGUUCUCCUCAUACACAGUACUUACCUGUGCAUGAAGCUGCUCAUUCAGAUAGAGAUGUGUGGCCAGGAACCUUCUGCAACACGUGUGACCCUUGCUUGGAUUGGAGUUAUUGGAAUCAAUGGGCUUUAACCUCUCUAACCCUUUGAUGGUUUGUGUCCUCUCUCUUCAACAGUGGUGCUAAAGCUACAGUAGAAAAGAUUUACAUAUAUUAUUUUAAAAUAACAGUAUGCUUUUCAGAGCUGCAUAUCACUUUUUUUUUACAUUAGCUUAAAUGAUGUUUGCAGUCCAACACUCAUCAUUUCUACAUCUUAACAGAAGUCCCCAUGUUUAUUUGAAAGAAGCCUUUUCCUGGCACAAUGCAUAUGGACUGAAACUGUCAUCUCCAUUAUUUAAAAACAGAGUUUAAUGCAGUAGAACAUCAGCCUAAGACUGCAAUAAUAAGGACACAAAGAUCAAUAUAAACCGGGGUACCUUGGGCCAGUUGCCAGGAUAUAGAUGUGAAAGAGAUG